GCUUGGGGACCUUGGAGUAUGCUUCUCUUAAAGACUCAAGGUCUCAGGUUCGAUUCUCCCAUGUCAAUUUCGGUGGGUUAGAUUGACUUCUUUAAAAAAAAAAAUGUGAUUAUAAUGUGAGGAGUACAAAUUUUUAAUUCUCAAAUGGGUGGCGCUCUGUCUUUUAGAGGAAAAGUCAAACAGAGACAUAGACAGCAAAAACAUGCAGCUAUUGUAUAUAUGUUGAUACAAAAAGCAGGCGGAGACACCUAAGAAAAGUUAACUUAAGAGGUGCAGUGCAAAUACAGGAAAAUACAACUCUGUUUCUUUACAAUGUUGGGAUCAAGUUCUUCUGCUGCUGCGGCUAUUUCUCCUCCUAGUCAAACUCAGAAGUAUGAUGUGUUCCUCAGCUAUAGAGGGGAGGACACACGUGACAACUUCAUCACUCAUCUAUAUGCUGAAUUGAUUCAUCUAUAUGAUGAAUCAAUGAUUUAUGUCGUUGUUUUGUCUGAGAACUAUGCUUCUUCCACAUGGUGUUUGAAAUUUACAAGCAACGGCAGUUGGGAGUUGGGACCAAACCGCCGCCAUGCAAGUGUCACCAUUUUGGUUUUUCUUGUAGAGUUAUAUUAGUAGCCAUGUUCGUAUUUUCUUUCACUAUUGUUUGAACCCCGGUUCUUUUAAUUCCAUCAACUCCCUGACCCUUAACUCAAACAAGUUGAAUUACGAUCAACUGUUUUUUAAUUGUCUCUGACCUAUUCCUGGGGUUAAAAUAAUUAUGCAGGUCAUAUGUAGUUUAACUGUGUCUACUGCUAUGCUUUUGAAGAGAGUAAUACUUCAAUCUUCAUUUUAUAAAUUCAAACACAGUAAAUUCACUCCAACUAAUAUGGAACCUUAUUGAAAGAUAUUGUGUUUAGUAACUUCUUCAGGUUAGUUUUUAUAGGUUGAAGACUAAUGCUUCUUUUUUUUUUAAUUAUGUGACAGGCCAGAACACACUUAUUGAAGACAUUGUGAAAGAUAUUUUAAUUAAAUUAAAAUUGAAUUGUUCUUUCUUAAAUGAUUAUCAAGGAAUGAUUGGAAUUGAUAAUCAUAUUGAACAAAUACCAUUGUUGCACAUUGAGUCUCGGAGUGUUAGAAUUGUGUAGGAAUCUGGGGUAUGGGAGGAAUAGGGAAAACAACAAUUGCUAGUGCAAUAUAUCGCAAAUUGGCAACCCAAUUCAGUUUUAACAGCAUCAUCCUAAAUGUUCAACAAGAAAUAGAGAGAUUUGGACUGCACCAUAUACAAAGCAAAUAUAGAUUUGAGCUUCUGGGAGAAAACAACACAUCCUCUGGAUUAUGUCUUUCAUUUGAUCAAAGGCUCAAAUGGACUAAGGCUCUCCUUGUUCUUGAUGAUGUUAACAAUUCGGAUCAACUUAGAGAUUUAAUUGGAAAGCUUAGUAAGUUUGCACCAGGUAGUAGAAUCAUUGUGACUAGCAGAGACAUGCAGGUACUGAAGAAUGUCAAAGCUGAUGGAAUAUAUGAAGUCAAGGAGAUGAAUUUUCAUGAAUCUCUACGACUCUUCUGUUUAAAUGCCUUUAAACAAAGUUAUCCCUUAGAAGGUUACGUGGGGUUAUCAGAGAAUAUAUUAAAUUAUGCCAAAAGGGUUCCAUUAGCACUCAAAGUUUUGGGUUUUUUACUUUGCGGUAGACCAAAGGAAGCAUGGGAAAGUCAGUUACAAAAGCUGGAUAAGCUUCCUGAGAAUGACAUUUUCGAAGUGCUGAAAUUGAGUUAUGUAGAACUUGAUGAAGAACAGAAUGAGAUAUUUCUUGAUAUAGCUUGUUUCUAUAGAGGACAUUUGGAGAAUGUUGUUUUACAAACACUGGAUAGUUGUGGUUUCUCUUCCCUAAUUGGAAUAGAGGUUCUCAAAGAUAGAGGCCUUAUAUCUAUUGUGGAAAGUAGGAUUGUUAUGCAUGAUCUAAUACAGGAAAUGGGGCAUGAAAUUGUCCAUCAACAAUGUGUCAAUGAUCCUGGAAAACGCAGUCGACUAUGGAAGCAUAGAGAAAUUUAUAAAGUUUUAAGAAACAACAAGGGGACGGACGCAAUCAGGUGUAUAUUGUUGGACAUAUGCAAGAUAGAAAAGGUUCAACUACAUGCUGAAACAUUCAAAAAGAUGGACAAUCUUAGAAUGAUGUUAUUCUAUAAGCCUUAUGGCGUUUCAAAAGAGUCAAAUGUGAUCCUUCCUGCAUUUCUAGAAAGUCUUCCAGAUGAUUUAAAGUUUCUUCGUUGGGACGGAUUCCCUCAAAAGUCUUUGCCAGAGGAUUUUUUCCCCGACAAUCUUGUUAAACUUUAUAUGCCCCAUAGCCAUCUUAAACAACUAUGGCAGAGAGAUAAGAACCUGAUUCAGAUACCAGACCUGGUCAAUGCCCAAAUAUUGAAGAAGUAAUUCUUAGUCACUGCACAAAGUUGAGUAAAGUCUACUCUUCUAGUUUUCUGUCCAAGCUCAAGUGUUUAUGGUUAAAUUGGUGUAUUAGCCUCAAGAGUGUACACAUUCCUAGCAAUAUUCUCCAGACAACUUCCGGGUUAACAGUACUCCAUGGUUGUUCCAGUCUUGACAUGUUUGUAGUAGGUAAUGAAAAAAUGAGGGUUCAACGUGCUACACCAUAUGACAUCAACAUGUCCAGAAAUAAGCGUCUCAGGAUUGUAGCAACAGCACAAAACCAAUCAAUACCGCCUCUUGAGUCAAAUACUUUUGAACCCCUAGAUUUUGUU